AUGGCUGCUCCCGAGAUCCAGAACGGUGACCAGUCCGUUGGCUUCCAAUUGCACCUGGUCAUCGUUGGGGCCGGGCUCGCCGGACUGGCUGCUGCUAUCAGUGCCCGCCUGGAGGGCCAUCGCGUUACGCUGCUCGAGCGAGCCGACCAGUUAGUGGAGGUGGGUGCUGGGCUACAAGUCACCCCCAAUGCCACUCGCCUGUUCCAUCGCUGGGGGGUAUUCGAUGAGCUGCGCUCCAAAGCCGCCGUCCCGUCCUAUCUGGCGGUGCGACGGUACGACGGUAGUCGUCUACUAGCCUACGAGGAUCGAUUCCAGGAGAAGAUCAUUCAGAGCUACGACGCGCCAUUCUGGGACCUCCAUCGCGCGGAUCUACAACUAGCGCUGGUGCAUCGCGCCCAGUCCCUCGGCGUCAACAUCCGCCUCGGUGCGGACGUGGCGGAGGUUGACCCCCAGCGCAUCAUUGUGACCACCAAGAGUGGCGAGAGGGUGCAAGGGGAUCUCAUCUUGGGGGCCGACGGUCUAUGGUCGCGCACGCGAAAUGUCUUGGUGCAGCCACCGUUGAUGCCGAAGCCCACGGGUGAUCUUGCAUACCGCAUCAUCCUUGACCUGGAGGAUAUCAAGGAUCCGGAGCUACAGAAGUUAGUAUCGAACCCGUCCGUGAAUUUCUGGGUCGGUCCACACUCUCAUGUAGUGGGCUACUCCGUGCGACAAGGCCGCACAUACAAUCUGGUCCUUCUGCGUCCCGAUGAUCUGCCAAAGGAUGUCCCUCGGGCUUCAGCCAACGUGGAGGAAAUGCGAAGCCUCUUUGAGAACUGGGAUCCUACGUGGGUUGAGCAUCCCUAUGCGCGACUGUCCACUACUAAUCGGAAUAAUAUUGCAGCCUACCUCUUCACUUUGAAACAGUGUGGAAUAGGAUGCAUUUCUGAUGCUUUUUUGCGAUUAGUUUCCACUCUCGACACCUGGGCGAACAGUGAGGGCACCUUUCUACUGGCCGGCGAUGCAUGUCAUCCGAUGCUUCCAUACCUUGCACAAGGCGCCAAUUCCUCCCUAGAGGACGGUGCCGUCCUCGGUCGGUUGCUCAAAUACGUGACUAGUCGUGAGAAGCUUCCCUCGGCGCUCGAGAUGUAUCAGCAGCUGCGAAAGUCUCGAGGGGAGACCAUCGCAAAGGAAGCAUUAGAACAGAGAGCUUCAUUUCAUAUGGAAGACGGCCCUCUGCAGGAGGAGCGCGAUGCCAUAUUCCUGGAAAACCUAGGCAAAGUGCCCGAUUGCCAAUUUCCGAGCCGUUGGACUUGCCCUUCUGUACAGCCCUGGCUGUAUGGCUACGACGCUGUGGCCGAGGCAGAUAAGGCUUACAAAGCGCAUCCUUUUUAA